UAUUUUAGUAAGAAAAGUUUGAAAAAAAAAAAACUCGAAGGAGUCGUUAAUUCGAGUCUCGCAGUAUAAAAGAGUUGAGCGUUGAGUAUGAGCGGGAUCCAUUAUUCUUGCUCAACAACAAUUAUUGAAUUACUCUCUUGAUAGAAGAUUCAGUCAGAUUGCAGUAAUGGAUCGUGGAAAAAUACCAAACCUUGCUGCACGAAGUAAUAGGAUUUAUCUGGAUUUAGAGGACAUCAUCAAGGAGAAUGCGCUUCCCUUCCUUCCUGCCAAAUCAGUUGUCAAAUUCCAAGCUGUUUGUAGGGACUGGAGACUCCAGAUUUCGGCUCCACUUUUUGCCCACAAGCAGUCACUUUCUUGUAAGAGUACAUCAGGCAUCUUUUCCCAGAUUAACAGGGGUUCUCCUUUUCUUAUACCCAUUGACGCAAACUCUUGUGGGGUGCCAGAUCCAAUUCUUAACUUCUUGCCUGAGCCCGUUGACAUCAAAUCCUCCUCCAAUGGACUGCUUUGUUGCCGAGGUCGUGAAGGGGACAAGGUCUACUACAUAUGUAAUCCUUUUACUAAGCAGUGGAAGGAACUACCAAAAUCAAAUGCUAAUCAUGGAUCAGAUCCAGCAAUUGUGCUCUUAUUUGAACCAUCAUUGCUCAACUUUGUAGCAGAGUACAAAAUUAUAUGUGCUUUUCCAUCCACAGAUUUUGAUAAGGCAACUGAAUUUGAUAUAUAUUACUCCAGAGAGGGUUGUUGGAAAAUUGCUGAGGAGAUGUGCUUUGGAAGUAGAACAAUAUUUCCAAAAUCAGGGAUCCAUGUGAAUGGUGUUGUUUACUGGAUGACAAGUAAGAAUAUUCUUGCUUUUGAUCUAACAAAGGGGAGGACACAGCUCCUUGAAAGCUAUGGCACUCGUGGGUUCUUGGGGACUUUUAGUGGAAAGCUCUGUAAGGUUGAUGUCAGUGGUGAUAUAAUCAGCUUAAACAUUUUGGCUAAUGCCCACUCAAAUACAAUGCAAAUAGGUAGCCAAAUCAAAAUGUGGUCAGAGAAAGAGAUUGUUGUUCUUGACAGUGAAAUUGUUGGGGAUGGUGCAGCAAGGAACCACACAGUUUUACAUGUUGACAGUGAUAUAAUGGUGGUUCUUUGUGGAAGAAGAACGUGCUCAUACGAUUUCAAGUCUCGUCUAACAAAAUUUCUGAGCAGUAAAGUUGGAAUUCUUGAUCGAUGCUUUCCAUAUGUAAACAGCUUAGUCUCCCUCUAAAUUCAAUCAGCUUAAUGAGGAAAACAAACAUCUCCUUUUCAGAUGGUUACUUGUACUGAAGAAAUUUGUAUAGUAUUGUUUGUGCUAUGAACAUCAGGCUUUUCGUUUUAUCUUAUAUAGAUCUCAUGUUGAACAUGUAACACACAUUUUUAUUGUCAGAAGAUCUCAUGUUGAACGUACUCCCAAUGAAAAAUUUAAAACUCACCAGGACGUGCAUUGGGGA